AUGGCAGCCUAUGAAGCUGCGCGUCUCAGCCGAGUGUUCAACCAGCGCUGCCCACGCCGGUUUCCACUGGCUAUAGUCAAGCCAACUACGGAGAAUGAAGUUGUUACAGCGGUGAAGCUGGCAAUACAACACAAAAUGCGCAUUGCCACUCGAGCAGGGGGCCAUUCCUUUCCAGUUUGGAGUUUGCAUGAUAAUUCCAUCCUCAUUGACUUCGGCGACUUCAAGGUAUUGGAGGUCGAUGAGAGGAACUGCAUUGCACAGGUGUCUCCUGGUGUCACAAGCAAGGAGCUCAAUGACUUCUUGAUUGAGAAACACGGGAUGAUGUUUCCGGGGGGUCAUUGCCCCGAUGUUGGCCUCGGCGGGUUUCUAUUGCAAGGUGGAAUGGGUUGGAACUGUCGGAACUGGGGUUGGGCUUGUGAAAGUGUGGAUGCUGUGGAAGUAAUUACCAUGCAAGGAGAGCCUAUAAUCUGCAGUGCGCAGCAGAAUAAAGACCUAUACUGGGCGGCCCGUGGUGCAGGUCCAGCAUUUCCUGCGGUUGUUUCAAAAUUUCACCUAAAAUUAAGGCCGUACCCAAAGAACGGAUUCCGGUCUUCUGGCUACAUUUACCCAUGCGGUCUCUACAGGCAAGCAUUUUCCUGGGCCCUUCGGAUUACCGCGACCCUUGACAGAGACACCGAAAUCACGGCAACGCCCGAGGAUGCCGAGGCUGCUUUGUGGCCUGUGCAAGAAACCCGGCCCGCAGGGACACUCUCUGAAUGGUAUUGUCGAGAAGACAAUUUAGGAAAUCUCUACGACAAACAAGCAAAAGCAAACCCAAAGGGUCAUCGGUACCACACCGAUAAUGCCUAUGUUCAGAAUGGUGCCGAUGUUGUCGCUGUGCUCGAAGAAGCGUUUCUGUCUCUUCCACCGGGCAAAUCGUUUGCGUUCUGGUCCGCAAUGAGCCCUUGGAGUAGAGGAGAUCUACCUGACAUGGCCUUAAGUAUGCAGUCUGAUCAUUAUUUCGCGAUUUACGCCGUGUGGGACGAUGCGAAAGACGAUGAGCGGUAUCGUUCCUGGGUACAAAAGGUAAUGAGAAAGAUUGAAAAUCAUUCGGUAGGCACAUACUUGGGCGAUUCAGAUCUGCAAAAAGCAGACGCGCGUUACUGGGCAAAUAUCAACACCGCGCGCCUGAUAGAAAUAUGUGAGAAGUGGGAUCCAGAGGGUCUUAUGUGUCGGUACAAGGCUAGCUGUACUGAGCUGGAACUAAGGAAUUAG